AUCAUAGUUUACAUUCAACUAUCGGAAUAAACACAUAAAAAAACCAACACAGUUUGGAAUAAAUACAUAAAGUAUUGAGGAUUCCUAUUUCUUCCUAAAUAAUAAAAGUGAAUAAGAAUUGGUUCAGAGUAGAAGAAAUUGUGGCUCUAAUUUUGGUUGUAGUCUAAUCUAAUUGAAAUCAUUAUGAAAUUGUUUACCACCACAGCUACGCUUUUAUGCGUUGCUUUAUUUUCAUUAAGUGGGGAGGCCGCAAAACGUGAGGCACCCAUAAGCAAUAGUUACUUACCUCCUUCUUCAGGUCAAAAGGGCAAUGGUGGCGGUUAUCCUUCAAAUACAAAUUCAUAUCUGCCUCCCGCUUCGGGUCCCGCUGCUAAUAGUUAUGCCCCUAGUGCUCCAUCGGGAGGUCCUUAUGCAAGUGCACCAGCCGCUCCUUCAAAAUCUUAUGGUCCUCCUCCUAGAAGUCCUUCAUCUAGUUAUGGCCCACCACCUCCCAGUCGACCCAGUUCAAAUUAUGGGCCACCGAAAAAGAAUGGUUCACGUCGCCCAGGUGGUCGUCCAUCUUCCAGCUAUGGUCCACCAAAAAAACCUUCUUCUAGUUAUGGACCACCUUCCCGCCCAUCGUCAAGUUAUGGUCCCCCAAAAUCAUCUCAACCAUCUUCUUCAUAUGGAGCACCUUCGAAAACACCAUCUUCAUCUUAUGGUGCUCCUUCGAGACCUUCCUCCAGCUAUGGUGCUCCUCAAAAAGCUCCAUCAUCUAGUUACGGAGCUCCUGCCAAGGCCCCUGCUUCUAGCUAUGGUGCACCUUCAGCUCCUUCUAAUGGAUAUGGUGCUCCCGCAAAGGCUCCCUCUUCUAGCUAUGGUGCACCUUCUAAUGGCUACAGUGCUCCUGCGAAGACUCCCUCCUCAAGUUACGGUGCUCCUUCUAACAGUUAUGGUGCUCCUGCCAAGGCUCCCUCUUCUACAUACGGUGCUCCUUCCAGCAGCUACGGUGCACCUGCUAAGGCUCCUUCUUCAAGUUACGGUGCCCCAUCUGCACCUUCAAGCAGCUACGGUGCUCCUGCUAAAGCUCCCGCUUCAAGCUAUGGUGCCCCUGCUAAAGCUCCAUCUUCAAGUUACGGCGCUCCUUCUAGUAGUUAUGGUGCUCCUGCUAAAACCCCCUCCUCUAGUUAUGGUGCUCCAGCCCAAACCCCAUCUAGCAGCUAUGGUGCUCCCUCAAAGGCUCCUUCAUCAAGCUAUGGCGCUCCAGCUCAAACUCCGUCAUCUAGUUAUGGUGCACCUUCCCAAGGAUCUUCUAACGGUUUUCAACCUAUUCAUCCACCAUCUACAAGCUAUGGAACACCAGCUAAAGCUCCAGCAUCUAGUUAUGGAGCUCCAGCCGCCUCAGCUCCUUCAUCUAGCUAUGGAGCUCCCUCAUCUAGCUACGGUACUCCUGCCGCUCAAGCUCCUUCAUCAAGUUAUGGCGCCCCCGCUGCUGAAGCACCUUCAUCUAGUUAUGGCGCUCCAGCCGCUGAAGCUCCUUCAUCUAGUUAUGGUGUACCUUCCGUUCCGUCAUCUAGUUAUGGUGCUCCAGCUGCACAAGCACCAUCUUCUAGCUAUGGAGCUCCUGCUGCACAAGCGCCAUCAUCUAGUUAUGGUGCUCCUGCCGCUCAAGCUCCAUCAUCUAGUUAUGGUGCCCCUGCUGCCCAAGCCCCAUCAUCAAGUUAUGGUGCCCCCGCCGCUCAAGCUCCAUCAUCCAGUUACGGUGCCCCCGCUGCUGAAGCUCCUUCAUCUAGUUAUGGUGCCCCCGCCUCUCAAGCUCCUUCAUCAAGUUACGGUGCUCCUCCUUCAUCUAGUUACGGCGCUCCAGCUCAAGCUCCAUCAUCUAGUUAUGGUGCCCCUGAAGCGCAAGCUCCAUCAUCAAGUUACGGUGCUCCAGCUGCCAGUAGUUAUGAUGCUCCUGCAUCUCAAGCUCCAUCUUCUAGUUACGGUGCCCCCUCUCCCUCAUCCAGUUACGGAGCUCCUGCACAAACUCCAUCAUCCAGUUAUGGUGCUCCUGCUGCCCAAGCCCCAUCAUCCAGUUACGGAGCCCCUGCCGCUGAAGCUCCUUCUUCUAGUUACGGUGCCCCAGCAGCUCAAGCUCCUUCAUCUAGUUACGGUGCCCCAGCUGCUCAAGCUCCAUCUAGUUAUUAUAGUCCUGCUGCUGAAGCUCCAUCAUCUAGUUACGGUGCCCCUGCACAAGCACCAUCAUCUAGUUAUGGUGCACCUGCACAAGCUCCAUCGUCUAGUUAUGACACCCCUGUUCAGGGUCCCUCUCCCAGCUACGAUGCUCCAGCACCGUCUUCGAGCUACGGAGCUCCAUCCUCCAGCUACGGUGUUCCAUCCCAACAAUCUGGCUCUUCCAACGGCUACUCAUCAGGUGCUUCGUCUAGUUACGAAGUCUCAGCUGAACAGCCCUCAUCAAGUUAUGGUGCCCCAGCCGGACCUAUAUCCAGUUACAAUGCACCAUCAGCACCUAGCUCAUCCUAUGGAGCGCCUUCACAACAAAGCAGUUCAUCUAAUGGGUACAGCGCAUCAUCUUCCAGUUAUGCUGCUCCAUCUUCAUCAUACAGUGCUCCAUCAGUGCCUUCAUCAUCCUACGGUGCCCCAUCAAAUGGUAACGGUAAUGGAAAUGGCGGCAGCGAUGGUUAUUCAUACUCUGGCCCUAGUAAAGUACCUGACACCUUACCCCAAGGAUAUUCCACCGAAGGUGGUUACUCUUAUUAGAAAUAGUAACAGUAAAUCAGGACUACAUAUCCAAUGUUUGUACCUGAUUUAGCAACGUGCCUUAAUAUCAUUCUGCUCAUUAUUCUAUAGCGACAUAUUUCACUUACAUGAACAUGAAUUUCGAAAAUCAUUCACUUAAAAAAUAUAAGGGAUUGUUUUGAAAUUUGCACAAUUGCAAAAGAUGAAGCAAUCUCUUAGAUCUACUUAAUGUUUAUUCCACUUUAAACUGAAUGUAAAUUAUUUUAUUCUUUUUUAAUUCGAUUAAUUAAAUUUAAGUAUUAUAUAAAAAAUUACACAAAAAAAAACUAAUAAUUUUUAUAUAAAAAAAUAAAAAUGAAUUUAUAAAAC